UUUCCAUUACCAUUUUUAGCGUACAACUGUAAUGUCUUCCACUUCCAGUGUUUUGCCGGAUGUAGCGGCACCCGCUGUCUUAAAUACUGAAAGUGUACAUGUUAAUUUAAAUGCAUCCGGUAAAGCACAACAGCAGCAACAACAACAAUUACACACAAAAUCUCCAGCAACAUCACCAAAACCAACUCCACAACCAAUACUGUCAUCAACAUCAUCCUCAAUGUCUACGACGACGACAGCAACAUCAUCACAACAACAACAACCAUCGACUGGAAAAACGUCUGUCACAAUACCCAUUGAAUCUCAGCCACCAAUGCGUACAAUUGAAUUAUCAACAGGUCGGAUACGAGAAGGAUUUGCUAAUGGUGAUGUCAUAGUUACUCUACUACCCGCCAAUACCAAACUCCCCUGGGUAACACCGGCCAUAUUUAGGCCAGAACUAGUGCCAGAGGAGUUAAUGGCUCAAGGUCUGACACUUACCGUCGAAGAAUAUGUACAUGCCAUGGAAACUCUGGUUAAUGAUUAUCGCUUUACCAUGUAUAAUAUUUGCUAUAAACGCAUCUUAGUCUGUUGGAUUCUAUUCGCAUUCUCGGUUCUGUUGACUUUACUCUUCUCAGGCCUACAAGGGGUGGCCUUGUUUUCUUUGGGAGUAGGCUGGCUUUUCCUUAAUGCCGCCGCUAUAUUCCUCUGCAUGUGGGUGAAGUUGCGUUUGGCCCGAGGUCUAGAGAAAUGUUUGGCACGAGUCAAUAAACAAUUGAUUAAGCACAAAAUCCUUUUGAUAUUAGAUGAUCGUGGUCGUAUAUCGUGUCAUAAAGUUAACUUAUGUUUCCUAUACUUUGAUUCGGCUCCUUGUGUAAGCUUUUUAAAUGAAUUCCUUGAACAUACCGAGCAAAAUGGUGGUGAAGCUAUUAAGGCGGGAUGGGAAUCUAAAUUGGAUAUAGAUGUUAAUGAUAUUGUUAUACAAGGUUCAAAUCCGGUGCGUUUGUCUAGGAAACAGGAACGUGGUGUACAAUUAUUUUUACGUUAUGCCUCACGUUGGGGCCGUGAUGCCAUACGUGGACUGGUCGAUGUUACCCCCUUGGAGCCGGGACGUCAUUGUGGACAAUUUCAAUGCCCCUGUCAAUACAUCAAAGAUCAUUUGCAGUGUAAACCAAGAGGUUAUCCUUGUGGUUGCAUUGCCUACGCCUCGGAUCCUCAAUUUCAAAAUCGUUAUUAAAUUUUUUACAUAUUUUUCAUAUUAUUACUAUUUGUUUAUAUUAUUUAAUAAACAUUUUUCUAUUUUAUAAUUAAA